AGAUGGCGGCGGUGGGGAAUGCCGUGCCCUGUGGGGCCCGGCCUGGCGGCGCCCGGCCUGGCGGGCAGCCCAGGCCCGGGCCGCAGCCGCGUGCCCUGCUUCCCGCCGGCCCGGCCCUCAUAGCGAGCGGCGACGAGCUGGUGGCCGCCGUGUGGCCGUACCGGCGGCUGGCUCUUCUGCGGCGCCUCACCGUGCUGCCUUUCGCCGGGCUCCUCUACCCGGCUUGGCUGGGCGCCGCGGCCGCCGGCUGCUGGGGUUGGGGAAGCAGCUGGGCUCAGAUCCCCGAGGCCGCGCUGCUGGUACUCGCCACCAUCUGCCUCGCGCACGCGCUCACCGUUCUCUCGGGGCACUGGUCCGUGCACGCGCACUGCGCGCUCACUUGCACCCCGGAGUACAACCCCAGCAAGGCGACCUUCGUGAAGGUGGUGCCAACCCCCAACAAUGGCUCCACCGAACUUGUGGCUCUGCACCGAGAUGAGGGCGAAGACGGGCUGGAGGUCCUGUCAUUCGAAUUCCAGAAGAUCAAAUAUUCCUAUGAUCCCCUGGAGAAGAAGCAGUUCCUUCCUGUAGCCUUCCCCGUGGGAAACACUUUCUCCUUCUACCAGAGCCACAGGGGGUUCCAGGAGGACUCGGAGAUCCGGGCUGCCGAGAAGAAGUUUGGGAGCAACAAGGCUGAGAUGGUGGUGCCUGACUUCUCUGAACUAUUCAAGGAGAGGGCCACAGCCCCUUUCUUCGUGUUUCAGGUGUUCUGCGUGGGGCUCUGGUGCCUGGACGAGUACUGGUACUACAGUGUCUUCACACUGUCCAUGCUGGUGGCUUUUGAGGCAUCCCUGGUGCAGCAGCAGAUGCGGAACAUGUCCGAGAUCCGCAAGAUGGGCAACAAGCCCCACAUGAUCCAGGUCUACCGGAGCCGCAAAUGGAGGCUGAUUGCCAGUGAUGAGAUCGUGCCUGGAGACAUCGUGUCCAUCGGCCGCUCCCCGCAGGAGAACCUGGUGCCCUGCGAUGUGCUGCUGCUCCGCGGCCGCUGCAUUGUGGAUGAGGCCAUGCUCACCGGGGAGUCAGUACCGCAGAUGAAGGAGCCAAUUGAGGACCUCAGCCCGGACCGCAUGCUGGACCUGCAGGCCGACUCCCGGCUCCACAUCAUCUUCGGGGGCACCAAGGUGGUGCAGCACAUUGCCCCACAAAAGGCCACCACAGGCCUGAAGCCGGUUGACAAUGGCUGUGUGGCCUACGUCCUGCGGACUGGGUUCAACACCUCACAGGGCAAGCUGCUGCGCACCAUCCUCUUUGGGGUGAAGAGAGUGACCGCCAACAACCUAGAGACUUUCAUCUUCAUCCUCUUCCUCCUGGUCUUCGCCAUUGCAGCCGCAGCUUAUGUGUGGAUCGAGGGCACCAAGGACCCCAGCCGGAAUCGCUAUAAACUCUUCCUGGAGUGCACCCUCAUCCUCACCUCAGUCGUACCCCCUGAGCUGCCCAUCGAAUUGUCCCUGGCUGUCAACACCUCUCUCAUCGCCUUGGCCAAGCUCUACAUGUACUGUACAGAGCCCUUCCGGAUCCCCUUCGCCGGCAAGGUCGAGGUGUGCUGCUUUGACAAGACGGGGACUCUGACCAGCGACAGCCUGGUGGUGCGUGGCGUGGCUGGGCUGAGAGAUGGGAAGGAGGUGACCCCUGUGUCCAGCAUCCCUGUGGAGACGCACCGGGCCCUGGCCUCAUGCCACUCCCUCAUGCAGCUAGACGAUGGCACCCUGGUGGGUGACCCCCUGGAGAAGGCCAUGCUGACAGCCGUGGACUGGACACUGACCAAAGAUGAGAAAGUAUUCCCCCGAAGUAUUAAAACUCAGGGGCUGAAAAUUCACCAGCGCUUUCAUUUUGCCAGUGCCCUAAAGCGAAUGUCCGUGCUGGCCUCCUACGAGAAGCUGGGCUCCACUGACCUCUGCUACAUCGCGGCUGUGAAGGGGGCCCCUGAAACCCUCCACUCCAUGUUCGCCCAGUGCCCACCCGACUAUCACCACAUCCACACCGAGAUCUCCCGUGAGGGUGCCCGUGUGCUGGCCCUGGGGUACAAGGAGCUGGGGCACCUCACCCACCAGCAGGCUCGGGAAGUCAAACGGGAGGCCCUGGAGUGCAGCCUCAAAUUCGUUGGCUUCAUUGUGGUCUCCUGCCCACUCAAGGCUGACUCCAAGGCUGUGAUCCGAGAGAUCCAGAAUGCAUCCCAUCGGGUGGUCAUGAUCACAGGAGACAACCCGCUCACCGCCUGCCAUGUGGCGCAGGAGCUGCGCUUCAUUGAGAAGGCUCACACGCUCAUCUUGCAGCCCCCUUCAGAGAAGGGUGGCCCAUGCACAUGGCGCUCCAUCGACGGCAGCAUCGUGCUGCCCCUGACCCCAGGCUCCCCCAAGGUGCUGGCCCAUGAGCACGCCCUGUGCCUCACAGGCGACGGCCUGGCCCACCUGCAGGCCAGCGACCCCCCGCAGCUGCUGCACCUCAUCCCCCACGUGCAGGUGUUCGCCCGUGUGGCCCCCAAGCAGAAGGAGUUCGUCAUCACCAGCCUGAAGGAACUGGGUUAUGUGACGCUCAUGUGCGGGGACGGCACCAAUGACGUGGGCGCACUCAAGCAUGCCGAUGUGGGGGUGGCACUCCUAGCCAAUGCCCCCGAGCGCGUCACUGAGCGGCGGCGGCGGCCUCGGGACAGCCCAGUCCUGAACAGCAGCAGCGGCAGGACUUCCUCCAGGACAGCCAGGCAGAGGUCGGGGCUCCCGCCCCCUGAAGAGCAGCCGGCCUCGCAAAGGGUGAGUGGGGCGGGCACAGGUGGUGGCGCCCCGCUGCUCUUCCACGGGGCUGACCCGCUGCCCCCACAGGACCGCCUGAGCCAGGUGCUGCGCGACCUGGAGGACGAGAGUGCCCCCAUCGUGAAGCUGGGUGAUGCCAGCAUCGCAGCUCCCUUCACCUCCAAGCUCUCGUCCAUCCAGUGCAUCUGCCACGUGAUCAAGCAGGGUCGCUGCACACUGGUGACCACGCUGCAGAUGUUCAAGAUUCUGGCCCUCAACGCCCUCAUCCUGGCUUACAGCCAGAGCGUCCUCUACCUGGAGGGUGUCAAGUUCAGCGACUUCCAGGCCACACUGCAGGGGCUGCUGCUGGCCGGCUGCUUCCUCUUCAUCUCCCGCUCCAAGCCCCUCAAGACCCUGUCCCGUGAGCGGCCCCUGCCCAAUAUCUUCAACCUGUACACGGUGCUCACCGUGAUGCUGCAGUUCGCUGUACAUUUCCUGAGUCUCGUGUACCUGUACCAGGAGGCCCAGGCCCGGAGCCCAGAGAAGCAGGAGCAGUUUGUAGACCUGUACAAGGAAUUUGAGCCCAGCCUGGUCAACAGCACCGUGUACAUCAUGGCCAUGGCCAUGCAGAUGGCCACCUUUGCCAUCAACUACAAGGGCCCACCCUUCAUGGAGAGCCUGCCCGAGAACAAGCCCUUGCUGUGGAGCCUGGCCGUGUCCCUCCUGGCCAUCGUGGGCCUGCUGCUCGGCUCCUCCCCUGACUUCAACAGCCAGUUCGGCCUCGUGGACAUCCCUGUGGAGUUCAAGCUGGUCAUUGCCCAGGUCCUGCUCCUGGACUUCUGCCUGGCGCUCCUGGCCGACCGAAUCCUGCAGUACCUCCUGGGAGCCCCGAAGCUGAAAGUGCCUUCCUGACAUGGCGGUGCUGGUACCCACCGCUCACCCAGGCUGCCGCACGCCAGGCAGAAGCCCCUCCAGGGCCCGGGGAGGGGCCGCGGCCCCCACAGCCAACAGUGUAAGGCCGAGCCGGGCCCCCAUGUCCACCGGCCCUGCUAGCAGGACCAGCCCCGGGCCGGCACCUUUGGUAAAUAAAGCAGCCCCGAGA